AGAACUGGACUGCCCCCUUGCGGGCGCUCCGAUGUCACAUCUCGAACCACGGAGUCCCCGGGCCCCGCUCUCCUUCGCCCCAUCGCACCCCUUAGAUUACUGCCAGGGGUAACGAAUCAGCGACCUUCCAGUUACUCCACACUCUGGACUUGCUGCCCUCAGGCCUUCAAAGCCUUUCGACUCUUCUCCAGGGAGUCAAUGAAGAAAAUGUAGUUGGACAAAGCGAAAAUGGAGAUCAGGGACCUACCCCCACGCCGUUCCCUGUGCUCAGAAUCAGGAUUUCGAGCGCCGGGCCCGCGGAGCCCGGGCCGAGAAGUCAGGAACCACCGAGACCGGCUUUGACCUCCAGAGUCGUGGCGGGCUGGCAUCCGAGCUGGUAACGUGCGUGGCAGGUUAUGUAAGGAGAGGGCUGGAGGAGCCGCCCCAGCGGGAGCCCGGGAGAGGACUCGGUGUUCUCGGCCGCAGUCCCCACCCUCUUCACCCAGCGGGGCAGGAGGCACCCGACUUAGAGGAGGAGGAGGAAGGGAGGGUGACUCCUCGGGGAGUCACGAGGGAAGGGCCGCCCGGGGAGGCAGCGGAUGCACAGUGUCACACAUCCAUUCUCCCGCACACGUUGCAGACUCCAGGCACUGCGGGUUUCCACGUGCUGCGCUCGUGAGCGGAGGCGCUCGGAGGGCGCAAGAGUUGGGUCCGGAGGCGGAACCGGGGGCUCCCCCGGCCGGGGCACGCGCCUCCAGCCGCACCACCAGUGUCUGAACACCCGAGCCAUGUGUCUCCCGCGCAUCACCAUCCUAUUUAAGGCCACCGGCUCCGCCCUUACCCCUCACCCCCACCCCGCUUCCUCCUUUUCCACUCUGUCUCCAGCCUCCUCCUUUUCUCAUCACCGGGUCCUCUCCGGGAGCCGCAUGUGGGGGCGGAGCACGGAAUGCUGCCCUUCCAGCCAAUCGCCACGCGGCUGCUUCUCCGUUGGCCAGGCCCCUGGCUGCCGCAGCAAAUGGACUGUGGACUUUGCUAACGAGAAUCACGUGUUCCCGGACGGACGGCCAAUGCGGGCGCGAGAUCUGUGUACGCAGGGGGAGGCACGUGCCGAGCUGCACGUGUCUGGGAGGGGGGAAGGGGCGGGACCCGCGGAGAGGGAGCCGGAGGAGGGUUGCCAAGACCGGCAGGGACUGAGAAGGAGCCGAAGACAGAGCCUGAGCUGAGUCGGCCGACCCAGUUGCAGGUUCCGAUCUUUGGGUUCCUCCAGGAGCUGCUCUCCUGCCCCUGCUUCUGGACCUAUGGAUUCUCCGUCUAGCGUUUCUUCCUAUUCCUCCUCCUCUCUCUCUUCCUCUUUUUCCACCCCCUCAGUGAACAGUGACUUUGGCUUUCCCUCCGACAGUGAGAGGGAGGACAAAGGGCCCCAUGGGCCCAGGCCAGACACUGUUGGGCCCAGGGGAGUUGCUCGACCCAGCCCAGGUCCUAUCCGCUGCAAGCAUCGACCCAAGGUUUCCAGUAACCAGCAUACAGCAUCUCAUCCCGAGCAGCGGGGCUUGGCUUCUCCCCUGGCAGGAUCUGGCGGCAAAAGAUCAAGAGAUGGUGAAUCGGAGACCAGUCUAAACAUCCAGGGUUGCACCACAGAGGGAGACAUGCUCUUUGCUCAGAAGUGUAAAGAGCUCCAAGGAUUCAUACGCCCCCUCACAGACCUACUCAACGGGCUGAAGAUGGGUCGCUUUGAGAGAGGAUUGAGCAGUUUCCAGCAGAGUGUGGCAAUGGACAGGAUCCAACGUAUCGUAGGUGUUUUACAGAAGCCACAGAUGGGGGAGCGUUAUCUAGGAACCCUGCUUCAAGUAGAAGGAAUGUUAAAGACUUGGUUUCCUCAUAUAGCUGCGCAGAACUCACCCCUGGGUGGAAGCAGGCAUCAGCUAACCAAGCAUCUGUCAGGCCUUCACAGUGACUCAGCUGCUUCCUCUCCUGCACUUCCAGUGGAAAAGAUGGGCCACACGCAGCUAGAACAUCUGGUUUUGAAACAGCCUUGGCACCUCACAGAAUGGCCAGCUAUGAACCUCACCUGGAUCCACACCACUCCCAUCUGCAACCCCCCUCUAAGUUCCCCAGGUACCAUCUCCUUUAGCCAUGGUCCUUUAGGCACUGGAACCAGCAUUGGUGUCAUUCUUUUGCUCCAGCAUGGAGUGCAGCCCUUCACCCACUCUGCCCCAGCCACUCCAGUUCCACCUACUAUAGCAUCUCCUGCCAACCCUGGUGAGGCUAAGAACCUAUCUGGAGAGGGGCCUCGUUGUCACAGUUUGCCAGUAACUCUGUCAUCAGACUGGGGCUGUACCCCCUCCUCUCCUGGUCUACCCAGCGUGGCCAAAGAGACAACCAUAGGACACUCAGAGCAGCCGAUGGGAAGCCAUCCUCCAGUUGUUCCUGAUUCCUGUCUCAACCCCUAACACAGGGCAUGUAACCAGCCUCUGGAAUUUCUAUUUUUUGUAAAUAUAUGUAUCUAUGUUUUUUACUUUCAAUGUGUGAUUUGUGUUGAAGGAAGAAAAAACCUUUCUGAUUAAAGAAUUUUUACUUAAACAG